UUUGAUAUUUUAUAUAUUUUUAAUUUUUAUUUUUAAAUUAUUUGUUGAUGUGAUAAAUAAUAUCAAGUGAGUCACUAUUAUUAAAAAAUUAAUAUUUUAAUCUAACAAUUCUUUUAAAAAAUAUUUAUCUAUUUUUGAAAAUUUAACAACCGAAUUUAACUAAAAUUGACUUAUUAUGUCCAAAAGAGAAAUAAAUAACAAGGCGAGAAGGGCACAAAUACAGCUACGAACCCUUAAACAAGUAACAUUUGAAAAGCAGAAACGCCAACAAAGUAGACGGCAAAAGACAAUGAAAAGAAGCAGCAAAUCACUUGCCGACCUCUGCAACCUUGUUGUCUCCUCUAAACUUAUUUCUUCAACUAAUCCAUUAAACCCCAUCAAGCCUUUUCCAUUAAUUAGGCCUCUAUCUUCCUCCAACACUAAGCCUACUAUAAAAACAGCAAAACUACAACCUUCUUCACCAAAAUCCCAUAGAGACUCCCUCAUUCUUGAAAAGUUCCGACAAAGAAAGCUCAAAGGCAACUCCGUCUCCAAACCUACCUCUACUGUUGUUGAAAAGGAAAGAGAAAGGGAUGACGUUGAUUCUGAGAAUGACAAGAACAAAUGUGGUGCUACUAAAUUUGUUUCUAGUUUCCAAGAACUGGGGUUGGAAGCUGACAUAAUUGGGGCUUUGAGUGAGAUGGGAAUAUGGAUUCCUUCUGAAAUUCAGUGUGUUGGGAUCCCAGCUUUGUUGGAUGGGAAAAGCGUCGUCUUAAGCUCUGAAUCGGGAUCUGGAAGGACUUUGGCUUUCUUGUUACCUCUCAUACAGCUGCUUAGACGGGACGAGGCGUUGCUCAGCGUGAAGCCAAAGCAUCCUCGAGCUAUUGUUUUGUGCUCCUCGGAGGAACAAUGCGACAAGAUCAUCAUGCAGGAUUUUCAAACAGCAAGAUUCAUCAGCCAUCAUGCUAAGUUGAAUUCUACUUCAGAAUAUGGUUACAGCAAGUCAAGAAUCUCCGAGAAUUUGGCAAAUGACUCAAUAGGCAUGCUUGUUGCUACUCCAAGUGAAACUAUUCAGUACAUUGAGGAGGGAAGUGUUGUUCCAGAUGACAUCAAAUACUUGGUAUUGGAUGAAAUGGAUGCCAUGUUCGAUCAUGGCUUUGGCUCCGAAAUUCACAAGAUCCUCAACCAAUUAAAGAAUCAACAACUAUCAAAAGCCAAAGACCUUGGACUUCAAACUGUUUUAGUCACUUCAACAAUAACAAAGAUGUUGGGGAAACAGUUAUACCCUCUUAUGGAGCAUCUUGAACAAAAUAAUGCUGGAAAAGUGGCUGCGAUGUUGCUGGAGAUGGAUCGACAAGAGGUAUUUGACCUCACUGAGUCUUUGGAUGCUUUGAAGAUAAAAAUUGCUGAAACAAUGAAUUCGUUUCAUUCGUCUUGAUUGUCAAUCCUUGCCAUGCUUUGAGGGGACCGAGCCUUUUCUGUAUGCAUAGCUAUUGUAUCUUUAAUUGGUCUUCACGAGUUGUUUUGAAUCGUUACAUUUUGUACUUGAAAAUUUUGAUCCUUUUAUAGGGAAAAUAGUUGGCCAAUUUGAUGUGUAGCCAUAUUUUAGGUCUCUUUGUCGAGGUGGAGUGCAUAGGUAAAGCGUCUUGCAUAUUGUCCACGGUCCGCACCAACCUAAGAUAUAUUGUUUGUUUUGAUAUAUUGAGCCUCGUAGGUUAAACACUUGUGUCUGUUGUUGAACUUUUGUACAUAUCCAAUGUGGAAUUUGGGAUCCUUUUGGGAUAGUUCUAAUGAGUGUUCAUGGUCUGAUCUCAAA